CGUAUCUUGGGGUCUACGGUCUACAUUGUACACAACUAAAUUAAAUGACCGCCUCUUGACCCCCGCGUUUUUUUCGUCUUCUUCCUCGUUUCUCCAGCAUAUGCAUCUCAAUUCAUUGGCUUUCUACAAAUUUCUAUACACCCUGACCCGCCCAGAUAACAAAUUCAGAACAUUACCAUUUAAUUUAUGUCCUUUCCUCAAUUAAAUAAUAUAUUUAAUCCUCAUUUUCUGAUCUGGGUCUUUCUUUAAUCCACCAGAGGGUGAAUCCCAGAAAGAGAGGAUGAGCUCUAAAGAUGGAAUCUUGGGCUUCAUUGGGAGGCCAUUUGGUUGGUUGAAGAUGCUGAGUGAUGAGCUGCACUGGAGCUUUGUUUCAGCUGUGGUGAUUGUGUACGGAAUCAAUCAAGGGUUGAGUAUGAGUUUGAGUAAAAUUAGUACCCAGUACUAUAUGAAGGAUGAUCAGAAGCUUCAGCCCUCUGAAGCUCAAGUUUAUUUUGGGAUUCUUCAACUUCCUUGGGUGGUUAAGCCUUUCUGGGGUCUGCUUACUGAUACACUUCCCAUUUUUGGUUAUAGGAGAAGGCCUUAUUUUAUUAUUGCUGGUUUUCUUGGUAUCAUAUCCAUGGUGAUUCUGUCCUUAAAACAAGACUUACACCUUGCAUUCGCUUUGUUAUGCCUAAUCACUAGCAGUGCCGGGAUGGCAGUAGCAGACGUUACGAUUGAUGCCUGCGUGACAGAGAACAGUAUAAGCCAUCCGUUUCUCGCCACUGACAUGCAGAGCCUCUGUGGAGUCAGCUCAUCCAUAGGACAACUCGUUGGAUAUACCGUUAGUGGCUUCUUAGUUCAUCUAAUUGGAUCUAAGGGGGUGUUUGGAGUUUUGAGUAUACCUGCUGCUCUGGUAGUUAUAGUAGGAUUGAUGAUCGGAGAAACGUUUGUCAACAGGGGUGCCGAUAGGAGAAUCAGUGAAAAGUUACGGGAUGCUGGUAAGGCUACGUGGAUUGCUCUGAAAUGCAAGAAUGUUUGGAGGCCGUGUUUGUAUAUGUAUGUUUCUAUUGCACUGAGUUUACACAUCCACGAGGGAAUGUUUUACUGGUAUACAGAAGCGAAGAAUGGUCCGUCCUUCUCUGAGGAAGCUGUAGGAGCUAUAUCGUCUAUCGGUGCAGUGGGUUCACUUGUUGGGAUUAUUCUCUAUCAAAACGCUUUCAAACACCACCCUUUUCAUCGUGUGCUUUUCUGGGCUCAGUUACUGUAUGGUGCUUCGGGGUUGCUGGAUUUGAUACUGGUAUCUCGGGCGAAUUUGAGGAUUGGCAUCCCGGACUACUUUGUUGCUGUGAGUGACGCAGCAAUCUCGCAUAUGAUUUCACGUCUCAAAUGGAUGCCUCUUCUUGUCCUCAGUACAAAGCUUUGCCCCUCGGGGAUAGAAGGAACUUUCUUCGCUCUGCUCAUGUCGAUCGAUCACAUCGGAUCGCUCACUGCGGCCUGGGCCGGGGGGCUUUGCCUGCACGUCUUGCACGUCACACGCACUCAGUUUGGAAACCUUUGGGUGGCGAUAGUGGUGAGGAGUUUGUUGAGAGUCGUUCCGGUUGGGCUUCUGUUCCUCGUGCCCCGUAGCGACGAUCCAAAUGCUUCUAUUCUCCCGGAUGAACUGUUGAAUACUAGGAAGGGUGGAGAGUCUGCAAACAUGGAAAUGGCGUCGCUUGUGAACAACCACGAUGACCCGAAUUCAGUGGAAGAGUAAAUGCAGAAAAGGGAAGCAUAUAUAGUUAAGAAUUCCUUGAAAUUACAAUACAAUUUCAAAGAAUAUCCCAAAGAUUGAUCAGUCAAUUUCAAAUCCCUGGUAAGAUGAACUCACUGAUUUAAGAUGUUUUUAGUUAUAAUAUUGUGUACCAAAUAGCAGUGUAAUGCAGGCCUAACCCAGAAACAUGUAAACAAUAUGCACAUACAUGCCUUGAACCUAGCUAGAUAUUCCAAUGUACCCUCUGAAACAACCUUAUUUUAACAAAGAUUGAGAAUCUUUUUAUGUUUUCUGAAUC